AUGACAUCUGGCAGCGGAGCCCUCAGGCAUGUGGUUGCCCGACGGACUCAUAAGGAGAGGCAUCAAUUGGCGUCUCGGCAGAAGCUGGGGCUACUAGAAAAGCACAAGGACUAUAGCAAACGAGCUAAGGAUUAUCAUAGGAAGGAAGACCAACUAAAUAAUUUGAGGCAGAAAGCGGCCCUUCGCAACAAGGAUGAGUUCUACUACCGCAUGACCAGCUCUAAACAGAAGAAAGGCGAUGUGAUUCAUUCGGGGGCGAAGUUGGACCGAGAUCAGCUGAAGUUGGUGGACACCCAGGAUCUUCGUUAUGUCUCUAACAGAAGAGUCAUUGAUGAGAAGAAGAUUGAAAAGAUGAAAAAAAAUCUGCAUUUGUUGGACGACUACUCGGGUCGCCAUACGAUCUUUGUGGAUUCGGAGGAUGAGAGCAGCCAAGCUGCUACCAAUGGCAAGUUCAACCCAGCUGAAUACUUUGACACGGAUGAGAGACUAUUAGGAAGAGUUAGCAAUAGGCUGACCAAGGACCAGCUGGCUAAGGGAGUGAUACCAGCGGCCGUCAGUGGAGCUCCUGAGCAGUACUCGACCUUGUUGAGUCUGCAGAAUAGGGCUGAUAAGUUGAAGGAAGUUGAAGCGGAAUUGGAACUUAGAAAAGAGGUCCGGGCUGAAAGGGGUCGUCGAAAGAAGAUGGUCGAUGACAAGAAAGGAAGCGUUGAUGUGGCUAACGCCCCUAUUACUGUCCAAUACGUUUCUCCCAUUAGGAGGGUUGAGUUGGGGAAGGGCAUGGCUGCUACAGUGGGCCGCUCGGACUGGGGCUUCUUUAGAUGUGGGACGAGUAUAAAGGUGGAUGAGAUGUCUGGAUGCUUAUCGAAG